AUGAGUACUUUCACAGUGUGCCUCAACCCGCUCCCUAAGUCUAGCGUGUGUCAAGUGGACUUUGGCACUGAGCUAAGUGGACUUGACCUUGAAAAUCUGAGUGAUAUGGACUUUGGCAUCCUUCACAAGGCCCUAUAUGAGAACCAAGUCGUCGUUAUUAAGAACCAAAAGAGCCUCUCCCCACAUGCCCAAUACGAACUCACUCGACGCUUCGAUCCAUCUGCCGGCAUCUACAGCCAUGGAAAAUCCAUCGACAAGCGCAGUGUUCUCCACGCCGACUUGACCACGAUCCCUCAUCAACCACAAGUCCAAGUCAUUGGAAGUGGCUCCGUCGACGAAUACGAAGGACUGGUCAAGCUCAAAUUGAAGCAUCCCCAUCACAAAGCAUUCCACAAGCACCCAAUCUCGGCCGAGGAUGAUGCCGAAUUCACCCAUUUCUACCGCUGGCAUAUUGAUUCAGCCAUGUACAAUCUCGACCCGCCCCUCAUCACCUCCUUGCUAGCCGUGCAAGUGCCCCAAGGCCGUCGUCAGACCCUUUGUUACGACGACGGAACCAACACCGAGCUCGACGUUCCCCUAGGAACAACAGCCUUCUUUAGCGGGUACCGUCUCUACGAAAUGCUCACCGAUGAAGAAAAGUACUUUGUUCGCACUAGCAAAAUCGAGUACGCACCGCACCCAUAUAUCUGGAUGAGCAAGGCUAAGUCCCGCUCCAACGGGUUGGGCAUCGUAUCCGAAGGACUCGAGCUGUCGAUGGAUGGGUUACCUCAAUUCGAAGAUUCGAAGAUCAAGAUAUACCCGAUGGCGUGGAAGAAUCCCGUCACUGGGAAACUGGCGAUGAUGGUCUACCCGACCUGCGUGCGGAAGAUUCAUCUUGAGAAUGGGGAGGUUCUUGAUGACCUUGUUGAGAUUCGGGAGCGAUUGUACUCGUUGCAGAGAAGGGCGAUUGAUCCCCAGUUUGUCUAUCCUCAUGAUUGGAAGGAGGGCGAUUUGGUGCUUUUCAAUAACCAUGGUGUGAUGCAUUCUAUUGUUGGGUCGUUCAAGGAGGAUGAGGUGCGUGUUUUCAGACAGUGUAAUAUGGCUGCGAGUCGGCCACCUAUGGGUCCCGGGGAUUCUCUGCCUGCGCAAUGA